UAAUCUAGAUCUAGAUCUAGAUCUGAAUCUUUAGACUUGAUUACAUCAUAUUACAUGGCAUCACUUUAAAAUAACAAAAAAUCCAGGAGGGCAGGGUUUGUGAUAUCUCUAAAAUCACUGCUUCAAAUAAACACACAAAGUCAUGGCUAUGAACAAUCACAUGGAAGCUCGUCGUCGUCAAAUGUUUAUGGAGAGAGUUUGCGCAGCAAGAAAGCGAUUGGAACUUGCUGAAAAUCAAAAAGAGUCUCAAGAGGCUGGAACAUCAAAUGCAUAUUCUAUACAGUCUGAUUCUAAGCUUAAUACUGCACAAGGUCCCUCUAAAACAGCCAGAUCAACACUUUUGCCAUUCCGUGUGAAUGAAGAAGGUCACAAGAAUAGGUACAGAGACAGACACCACUUAGCACCACACUGUGAUAAAGCAUUUGCUGUUAUGUAUCCAGGAUCAGAUAAUAUAGACUAUGUUUCUCCAGAAUCUCGCAAGAAUAGCAGAGAAUAUGUUUAUGUUGAAAGAUAUGAAAUGAGUUGCAAAGUGAAUGGCAAAUUUCAAUUAGAGGGCUUAAGGGCCUUGCCUGAAAAUGUGUCUUGAGCUAUAACCAAUGAAUAAAAGUUUAUGGACCCUAAUUUAUAUGUUAAAUUACUUUACUAAAGAUUAAAUAUGUCAAUGGAAUACUAUAAGCUUUCUGUUGCUGUUUUUAUUUAUUACUUAAUUAUUCUAUGUAAUAGCCUGCUAGCUGAUAUAGUUUAAUUGUAAUGUAUUAUUAGCCUAUAGCUUGCUUAAAAGAACCUUCUGCAUUUUUAACCGACUAUUAUGAAAGUAGACUGAAAUACAGAUAUAUGUAUAAUAUUUUUAAAAAAUUAUGCAUUGUCAGUUAUGGUCCAUAUAAAGUAUAAUGUUUACUGAUAAGCAUAUUUUAAUAAAUAGUUGUAGUUCCAUUUUAUUAUGUAUCUUUAUUUGUUUUUGUUUUUUUUUUGUUGGUGCUCUUGUUGGGUUUUUCUUUUAAAUAACUUUUAGAAGAGAUUAUAUAAGUUGAUACAAAUUACUUCCCUUGAACUUUAGGCCACCAACUCAGAUUUUUAUUGAAGAUUUAGAACUAAAGAUCGCUUUCUUGAAAUGUUAUUUUCUUAUUAGUACUGGUAUUGAAAAAAAUGUUAUGUGUGUGUGUUUUUAAACUGAAAAGCUGUUUGUGUGUCAGUGGACUAUAAACAGAAUGUAAUUUUUUUUUAAUCCCCAGAAGUCAGGCUGAUGAACAUCAAAAUGCGAAAACCUAUUCUAUUUAUGCUCCGAGCAAUAAAAAAAAAUUAGUGACUAACCUGGUGCCUCCCAAUACUAAACCCUGCCCUCCAUCUCUGGAAGGUGUUAAACGAGACCAUGUGUAUAAGAUACUACACCCAUAUUCUGAAUACUAGAGCACUUUGCCAUACAUAGCCCUUCUGUGAUAGUUAUAAACUGAUUAAAGUACUUAAAGCUCA